AUGAGCGACGACUCCAUCGCCCAGGCACCCGCGGCGUGCUCUCUCAAGGCGGAGGGCAGCGCGAGAGACAGGGGAGGUGCUCUGCCGCUCCGGCGGCGAGUCGCCCCAGGCCUCCCCGAGCCGAGGCCCCGCGCCACGCGCCAGCCUCACGAGCGCGGCGUCCGACGCCGGCCUGCACGGCGGCGGCAGUGGCGGCGGCGGCCCGGGCCUGGGCGCGGACGCCUCCGGCGCCCAGGUGGCGCGCGCAACCUCGCCAGGCAGGCCCUAGGGAGCGUUGCUUGGAGCGGCCUUGAGGAGGUGCGCCACGUCUACUCGCUCGAGUGUACGGUGUUGCGCAGCCGGGUGGGUGCGGCGGCGCUCCGCCCGGACGGGACGGCACGAAGCAGCAUCGGCCAGCCGGCAUCGGGCAGCAUGAAGAUCUGA